AUGGAAUGUCUCAUGGAAUCGGUCACGGUCGCUUGCUCCAAUGCCAAUUAUGGAUGCGCCCAGAAGCUAACUUACUACCAGAAAGAAGAGCAUGAGAAGGCAUGCCCGAGCGCCCCAUGUUUCUGCGCGGCGUCCAGCUGCAGCUUUGCAGGGCCAACAGACGCCAUCCUUGAACAUUGUGCCUCCCAGCACAAGUGGCCGUGUACAACCAUCAAGUACUCCGAAGAUGUUGAGCUCUGCCUCGAACCAGGUCUACAUUUUCUUCGUACCAAAGACAGGGAAAUUUUCCUGCUCAACGUGGCACUAGAGCCAUGCGGGCAUGCCAUCUCUGUUGUCUGCAUCCAACCUAAAGCUAUAAACUCCAAGUUCAAGUGUAGGAUGUCCUAUGGUUCCUUUUUGAACGACUAUUAUCAGAGAUCAGUUUACAAAAUACGAAGCUCAUCCUUGUCUGAUGGGCUACCAAAGGGAUACAACUUAAUUCUGCCCAAGGAUGAGAUAACUGAUGAUGGAAAGGGUACCUUGCUUACGUUCUCCAUUGAUGAUCCUAAUCCUAAAGUAAAGGUGUGUGAGCCCAUAUGUCUGAAACCAUAUAUUCGUGUCAUGGACCAAAACUGCUCAGGGUUUCAAAUGCUCUUUCUAACAAGUGAAAUGGGUUACGUUGAUCGUACAUCGGAAAGGACCAAACUGCCUAUAAGAGCACCUAGUUAUUUGUCGAUUUCGACCAAGCCGCACAUCUGCUCGACGUUGCUAAGAGCACCACCUGCUGGUGCGGCAUGCCCGGCCGCUGCCACCUAUUCUUUACGCGUUUGA